CAGCAGCAGCAGGUCAGCUCAGCCUCUGCACAGCAUCAGAGCUCACAACAAAGACACACACACACAGACAGACACACAACGACCUCAAUUAUUUUAGUCGCGCAAUUAUCUGAAAACUCCCCGAGGAAUUUCACUGUCGGAAAAGAAAAUUAAUGAAGAAGGAGGGCGAUGGAAAUUACACGACUGUGAUGCGACAGAUGUUGGAAAAGUAGACGGCAGAAGAAGAAGAAGCAGAAGAAGCAGAAGAAGCAGAAGCAGAGGAUGCGGAGGGGAAAGUGUCCGGUUCGCAGAUGAGCGUGUCCGCUGUUGGACUCAGAUGAUGUGGGUCUGGGGGCUCAGGCUCUGCUGGAUGUGUUCUUCUGUCAAUCCUUCUUCUGGCAAUUCAGGAGGACAUGUUUCAGACAGAUCUAGUCUUCUACACUGGACUUAAGACGAGUCUGAUUCCAACUUGACUGCAGCUGGUUAUGAAAAUCUGCAUUCUGAGACUGAAAGUCCAGGAGGUACGAUGUUUGUGGAGUCUGUCGUGCGAUGGGGCGCUUGGAGCCUCCUGCUCCAGUAUGGACUGGGUGUCGCCGCAGGAGGCUGUCCUUCCAGAUGUGUGUGUCGGCUGGAAGCUAAAGAAGUCAUCUGCUCCGGUAAACAUUUGAACUCAGUGCCAGAGAGCUUUUCCAGUGAUGCCAAGCGACUGGAUUUAUCCUACAAUAAGCUUAAGACUGUGGGCCGUCGCCAGUUCUUUGGGAUGCAGCAGCUUCAGGAGUUGGACCUCAGUGAUAAUCUAAUCUCCAUGAUUGAAGUCGAGGCUUUCCAGGGCCUACAGAAUCUCAGGACACUUCGGCUUAAAAAUAACCGACUCAAGAUCAUUCCAGUAGGAGUGUUUUCUGGUCUGUCCAGCCUGCGUUUUCUAGAUUUAAGCCAGAAUGAGAUUCUGGUGUUCCUGGACUAUACUUUCAAAGAAAUGGUAAAUCUGCAAACACUGGAAGCUGGGGAAAACGACUUGGUGUUCAUCUCCCAGCGAGCUUUCUUUGGUCUGCAGAACCUGCAGGAGCUGAACUUGGAUCGCAGCAAUCUGAGCUCCAUUCCCACCGAAGCCUUGUCUCAGCUUCAGGGCCUGACACGUCUUCGUAUGCUACACCUCACAAUCUCUACACUGCCCAACAAUGCUUUUCGUAAACUUCACCGGCUGCACAGCCUCCUGAUCAAAAACUGGCCACUGUUGGAUUAUCUGGCCAGCAACAGCCUGAUUGGACUCAAUCUGACAUCUCUAGUCAUCAGCAACUGCAACUUGAGUGCAGUUCCUUACGCAGCACUUCGCCAUUUGGUUUAUCUGCGCUUCCUGGACCUGUCCUACAACCCCAUCACCGUAAUCCAAGGCAGUCUGCUAGGGGACUUGCUUAGACUUCAGGAACUACAUCUGGCAGGGGGGAGCCUGCUACGAAUAGAACCAGGGGCCUUCAGAGGACUGGCCUAUUUUCGUAUGCUUAAUGUAACAUCCAAUCAUCUUACCACCUUGGAGGAAAGUGCGUUCCACUCAGUGGGGAACCUUCAGGUGUUGAGGUUGGAUGGGAAUCCCCUGGCAUGCGACUGUAGGCUCCUUUGGGUAGUCCGGCGCAGGCUGCGCUUGAAUUUUGAUGGAUAUCAGCCCACUUGUGCAUCUCCAGAUGCUGUGAGGCAACGUGAAUUCAGAGACUUUUCUGAAAAGGAACUUCCAAGACUUUUCACCUGCCGCCCUGCUCGAAUCCUGGACCGCAGACCACAGGAAGCUAGAGUAGAAGAGGGCACAACAGUCCUGUUCUCCUGUAAAGCUGACGGAGAUCCUUUCCCAUCUAUCACCUGGAUUUCAUCGCAUAAGAAUGUGGUUUCUCCAACAGGAAGAAUUCGAGUUUUGCCAAAUGGUACUUUGGAAGUGCGGUUUGCUCAAGUGCAGGACAGUGGGACCUAUCAGUGCUUGGCAGGUAACGCAGCUGGUAAUGAUAGCCUGACCGUUGGUCUUUAUGUGAAGGGGGUCCCUCGUAAUCGGACCAUUCCUUUCUUCUCAGAGGAGGGCUGGACAGAGCCUUCCAAUCCCCCAGCUGCCAACACCUCCGCUCAAAUGGCCAAACCGUAUCCAUUUGAUGCAAAGACUCUGAUCAUUGCCACCACCAUGGGCUUCCUGUCGUUCCUCAGCUCAGUGGCCAUAUGUUUUGUCUUCAUGUUUUUCUGGAGUCAGAGCAAAGGGCAGAUCAAGCACACGGCAACCAUUGACUUUGUUCCUCGGUCGUCCAUGGGUGGAGGAGGUGGUGACGGAGCUGAUGGUGGCAGGUUCACGAUGAAACUUAUCUAAGGCCAAUAUGUAAUUAUAUUUAGCGCUUGUUCUUCUGCAUCGCAGGAGCCCUUGAAUGAUAAUAAAGGACACUGACCUCGAUUUGAAGGCCACUACAUCGGCCAGCUCAGAACACUGCUCCUUGUUUUAGCAUUUCAGAGCUGAAUUGGCGUAUCUAAGUAAUGAAUGAUUAAUAAUGCUUUGGAUAGAACAUUUUCACAUGGCAGCCAUUUUCAUCUGACACCUGUGGUAAUUAAAAGUAUACUGUCAUCCUUCUGUGGUCCAGUUUUAUAGACUCAGAGAACAGACCAGUGAUUAAAGAGACGACUGAUACCUAAAACUAGAAUUUCAAGGUAAAAAAAAAUAUAUAUAUAUAUAUAUAUUUUGUUAAUCUAUUAACUACUAUCAAACAACCAGACUUGAAUUCAACCAGUUCCUAUCGCCAAUAUUAUCAUUUGAAAGUG